AUGGAUUACAAGCCAUCUUCUGAAGCGACUAAACAGAAUAUUGAUGCAGUGCAAAAUGUUUCUGGAGAGACAGAUGAUGCAGCUAUUGUUGCAAAAUUUGUCGAAUUGUUGCCUAUUCUCAUUGAAACGGAUAAGAUUAGUGUUUUAGAUGAAAUUGGACCGCAACUUUACAAUUGCUUCACGUCAAUUAGAGAUUCAAGUCAAUUAGUUGAGUAUAUUACCGAAGAUGCAGUGAAUGGAUUUCUAAAAUUAGUAGGUGAAACACAGAAGAAGUAUCCAUUUCCAGAACUAUCAUGUUUAGAUCAUGCCAUAUUAUUACGUAAUGAAUGUAUUCCAUUAAUAAUACAAAGCGAUAUUUUCGAAAAACUAAAUCUUUGUCUUCAACAUGCAGAAGAGCUCAAUCAAAUGGAUGAAUUCAAUAUAUUUGGUGUUGUUAUACGUAUUAUACACAAUUGCGCACUAUUUGAUCAAGAAACAAACUUUUAUAUUAUUAAUAAUUCGGCAUUUCAUGCAUUACUACAGAAAUUAUCCAAUUUUAUAGACAUUUAUUCAUUCGAGGAAGAAAAUAAGUACCAUAUCCACCUCCUAAAUUACAUUUUAGAAUGUAUCAACACAAUUGACUCCAAAAUCGAAGAAAUUCCAGUAGAUUACUUCCAAUCAGUAUCUGAACUCUUUAGGACUAUUAUUUCCAAUAAAAUUUAUCAAAGUUUUUCUCAAGUCCAAGAUUUCAUAAUUCGACAUCUUUUUUCACCGAUGCAAAUAUUUAUAAUAGUGCAAGUCGUUAUAGAAUGUAUUAUUACACUUUUUGAGGAAGAACUAGAGUUUAAUGAUGAAAAUCCGUCAGGAAAUGAAAUUUAUCUGUUACUUAACGUAAUUGUUGAACUAUUCAAUGCCGUUCCACCUCCUAUUAUAUUAGCAAUUGAUGAGAAGGAUGAAAAUGCUGAAAAAACUAAGAAAAAUAAUGAUAAUUUUAUUCAUCUCAGAAAAUAUGUUGAAAGAGUCACAACUCGUCUUGAUUAUGAUUCUAUAUUCCUUUAUGCAUUUAACCAUAAAGGAAUAAUGCAUCAAUCGGACUCAGAAAACGCAAAUGAAGCUUUUAAACUUUUAGCAGCGAAAUCUUUGUUUGAUUGCGAAGUUUCUGCUGAUAUUUCUAUUGAAAUGAUCCUAGAAAUGUGUGAUAUACUUAUUGAUAGUAGUUCUUUGCAAGGAAAAGAUGCUUUUUCUGCAUUUUUAUUCUCAUUUAUUUUAUAUGCACCGACAGUUAUCCUUGAGCAGCUUUUUAUUAGUUGUGAAGUUGGUAAUUUCAUAGAAUGUAUUGAAGGAACAGAUCUAAAGGCCUUAAAAAUCAUUAUUUUGGCUUUUGACAGAUUAAUUAACGUAAUUGGAAUUAAUAACUUUGAUUUGGAAGGAUAUAAGUUCUUAAUGAGCUCUGUAAUACCGGAAUACCUUGAAGACGCUCUUGAAAUUCAACCAGCUUUGGAAUGGAGAAUUGAAUCUCUCCUUUCCAAUUUCGAGUGUGAGAAUUAG